AUGUCAGGCAGAGCUCGUAGGUACAUGAGCAAGCGAAAUCGCGCUUGUGAUUCCUGUCGGGCUAGGAAGGCAGCCUGUCGCAUCGAUCAAGCACCUCCAUGUUAUCUUUGCACGCUUUAUGGGAAAGAAUGCACAUUCCUACAGCCAACGUCAAGGCCAAGACAGCCUUUUCCCCAGGUGGUUAGCCCACAGCUUCCCCAACAAGCUGGUAUAAGGACACGGUCAGAGCAGCAUGAGGUUUCACCAGUUGGUGACUCAGUCCACUACGAUAUCUUGAUGUCGAUUGAUAAUGAUGGAGUAGAUCAUUCAACUGCCACUGCACCCGAGGGAUUUCAUGAUUUCUUCCAAGAAGCCGGAGUAUCAAUAUCGGGUGACUUUGGAGAUGGCACAUGGCCAACUGGAUUUACUCCAGGGAGCUUUAUCUAUCCAUCCCCUGCGCUGCCAGAGACUGGUCGUUCGGAUCAUGGAGGCUCAUCACAGGCCCCACCUUUACAAUUCCUUGUGCAGGAGAAUGGUUCAUCGAUUUGCCUUGAUACUCAAGGUGUAAUGACACCACAAUUGCUCGGCAGUAGUGGCGAUAUGGACCCUUUGCUGAUGAGUCGGUAUCAAUACGAUACAUCUGGGGCUUUUCAUUUCAAAAAUCUCAAUAUACAAUCCGUAUCCUCGGCGUCCGACCCAACGCAGUUUCUACUGUCAAAACCCUCAAUAUUUGCUGCUAGCAGGGAAGAAAAUGGAUGCGAGAAUGUUUCAGUUGUUGAAUUGAGGCAGGAACUCGAAUCUUUGGUCCCCGGGGAUAUCGGUCUCAGACUAAUUAACCUAUUUGAGAGGAUCGUUGCACCGGAUUACCCAAUACUUAGUCCCCCAGGCCAACUAAACCCCAGCACCAGCCCGCCAUACCUCCUUGCGAGCGUAUACCUAAUAGUUGAGCCUUUCACUAAAUUCGACGAAAGGCUAUGCAUUGAUCUCGCAUAUGAUAAGCCAUCAGCUGUGGCCUUAUACAAUAUUAUCAACAAAGCGCUUCCACAUGAGAUACAUGCACCAAAGCUUUGUGUUGUACAGACAUUGCUUCUUUUGGCCAUUCGACCUUAUCCAAACCCAAUUGUAUUGGAUAGUGGUUUCAAAUGGUCCCAACUCGCCACUCUUAUAGCUUGCGCUCAUACCCUUGGACUGCAUUUGGAUCCAAAGUUGUGGCGAAUACCUCCAUGGCAAAUUGCCCAGCGACGUUGUCUGUCUUAUUUCAUUUAUUCAACAGACAAGUGGCUUGCAUUGAGCCUUGGUCGGCCACCUUUACUGCAUUACGAUAACUGGCUAGUGACAAGUCCAAGCUACGAGGAUCGUUCUCUCAGUGGACUUGACGCUUCAGCUUGGACGAACAUCAUGAAGCGAGCGGAACUGGACGCUCUGCUUGACCGUGUUCUAACCCAAUUAUAUUCCCCUCGUGCCAUUAAUACCAUAUCUACUGAUUAUGAGAAGACUAUCGCAUUGACUGGUCCACUGCUUGAAGAUCUCUUCUCAUGGCACAGACCGGUAUCUGCACCGCCGGCCGAGUUCACGCCAUCAAAUCAAGGCAGACCAACCGGGCUAGAAAGAACACUGGAGAUGAAUUACCAUUACAUUCAUUUGAGUAUCUGCAGGGCUAUUUUGAGACCGUUUUUGCAACCAACUGUCGAAAAAUUGACUAAGACCGAGUAUAUAAUGGCGCGUGAGCAGGCCCGGAUCCAAGCAGAAACAUGCAUUUCGGCGGCAGCGGAGUUUAUCCACGAGCUGCGCCCAGAAGACCUUGAGGCUCUAUGGCCGGCCUGGAGUGCGACUGCAUUCUCGUCCAUCUGUUUCCAAAUCCUGCAUAUGGCUGCCAGCUCCGUUGAUGAGAUCGAGGCGGAUAAAUGGGUCACUUGUCUACACAGAGUGCGCCGGGAUAUGCGCUUGAAGGCUGAGAUUCUGCCUUGCCUCCACCUUGGUCUUCUGCGCAUUGACUCUAUAUUUUGGAAGGGGGUUGAAAAUGUGUUGCAUUUGGAAGAUCAUGUCCGACAAGCGUUCGCGUCCGGUUCAAGCGUUGGUCGGCCUCUUGGGAUAACGGGUCCAGCCAAGUAA